GGUGAAAAUCAGGUUGUGAAAAUGCAGCUGGGAGCGUUAAUUUUUUUAAUAUACCUCGUAUUUCCCGCCAUAUUUGCUGAGGAUGUAAGCUACCAAGCGUGUGUUGAUAAAUACUCAAGAAAAGGCUACCAACCUUGGCAAGAAUGGUCUGAUCAUUACACGUGUCAUAGAUAUAGAUGCGAGAUACGAGAUGGGAAGUACUUCAUAGCUGCUGUUGGAUGUAGAAAGCCGAAAAUACCCGAGAACGCAUUGGAAUGUCAUGAGUACAUUGAAGACGAGAAUGUUGAGUUCCCGACUUGCUGCGCUCGUCUAAGGUGCGUCGUCGAAGUAAACGGUGAAAGAAUUGUACAAACAAGAGGCCAACCAGGUGAACUCUUCCCUGACAAGCCAUGGAAGGGCCAACAGAACGAGCCCAACCCCGCAGUCGUGGGAAUGAGCGGCAUUCAGCAAAACACUGUCGGAGGUGAGCCACAGGGUCAACCCGCGCCAGGCAUCUUCAACAGUAGAGGAGCAGCGGAUGGCAACGAUAUUAAUGGACGGCGCUACGUAGACCCUUACCCCAACCAACCUAUGCAAGAGUCACCGAGAAAGAAGAGAUCUACGGUCUACCCACUGUUCGAUAAGACAAAUGGCCGUGAUUCCAGCUCUUACCAACUUCACCAAGUCAAAAUACACGGAUAUUCCCCUGAAAAAUAUACUUCCUACUUCACUAAUAAUAAUCUUAAAAGUUUAACGAAUCCUAAAUUACCUCUCAAUAUAAUGUCAUAA